UUUCUGAGCAAUGGGGUCCUCAGUCAUCAGGACCCGAGGAGAACCAGAGAACCGGUCAAAAAUUCGAGUCAAGAAGUCAAACUUUUCAUUAACAUCUAUGUCGUCUCACCAGGUACAUCCUUCCUCCACAAUAACCGAGACUGUCUGCGCCUGCAAUCACAUGACAGCAUUUGGGGCUGGCUUUGUCACCGCGCCGAACACGAUUGACCUGACCACCGUGUUUGACAAGUUCGCGGACAUAGGGAACAACGCAGGGGUCCUCGCCACCGUGCUGACGACAUUAGCUCUGUACUUUGUCGGGGUCAUCUUUCUAAGGAGAGUGGACAAAUCCGGGAUGAAGAAGUUGAUUGUCCAUAGCCUACCAGACAACCGCUCCACGGACAGAUACUAUUACAAGAUAACGGUUUACACCAGUUACGGCAGAGGGUCUGGAACCAAGUCCAACGUGGCAUUCUCAUUGUUUGGAGACAAAGGGAGUACUGGAGUUAGGGUGUUCAAGCAAGGCCCGGAGACCUUCCAGGCUGGUGGCGUGGAUAUCUUCUUGAUGGCUGUAGAAGAAAGUCUGGGUGAUCUUCAUCGACUUCAGAUCUGGCACGACAACCAGGGCGGCGAUGACAGGGCCUGGAAGCUAGAUAAAGUUAUCGUGCGGGAUCUGCAGUCAGGAGACACAAACAGCUUUCUCUGUAACGAUUGGCUGUCACUGGACCGCGGGGACGGUAGAAUCAACCGGAUUCUUCCUGCUUCAACAGAGCAAGAUCUGUCGUCCCUACAUCUUUUCACUACAAAGGCAGCCCGCGAUUUUAGAAAUGAGCACAUCUGGCUCUCCACCUUAUUCUGCUCCAGCGGAAGCCAUUUCAGUAAGGUCCAACGUCUCUCAUGUGGACUGUGUAUCAUCUACACCACCAUGAUUGCCAACGCCAUGUGGUACAAAACGGAAGACAAUGUGGAUCAGACGACAGUGGUGAAUCUUGGGAUAGUUUCCUUUACCCUUCAUGAGUUAUACGUCAGCACAAUGACGUCCCUGUGUGUCCUCCCAGUAAACGUGCUCCUCAUCCAGCUCUUCAACCGGUGCAAAGAAAAGAAGCAAACAGGCAAGAAUUCAGUAUAUGUUGCAGAGAAAGAAGACGCAAAAUCUUUGCUUUCGAAAACACGGUCAUCUUCCCAAUUUCUUCCCCACGGGUUUGUGUACCUGGCCUGGUCAGUCCUGGUCCUUGUCUGCUGCGUAUCGGCGUUCCUCACCAUUCUCUACAGCCUGGAGUGGGGACCUGAGAAGGCAAACGCGUGGCUGAAGACAUUCUUGAUGUCCUUCGUGCAAGAUGUCUUUGUAAUUGAGCCAGUCAAGAUACUGGCUGUCUCUGCCCUGGUGUCCUUUAUCUGUAAGAAAGCCGCGGUGGCAUCGACGCAGGAUGACCACGUCAGACAAAACAUUGACGUGGAUGAUUCCAGUCCGUCAGAAGACGGCCUGUUUGCCUGGAUAUCUCACCGUGCGACCAUGAGAGUGGCUAAACAGCAGCUACAUAUGGCUCUCUCGAAGCAUCACAAGUCGGAUGCAGAAUCACAGAAAGAGCGAAAGAAGAAGGAAGAGACAAGAAAACAUUCUGCCAAUGUGAUACAAGAGGUUGUCGGCUUCUUCGUGAUCGUGAUGAUUCUGCUCGUGGUGGCUAAUGGCGGUACAAACGUCUACUCUCACCACGCGUACAACACUUUAGGUGGCAUCUUCCAAACGGACUUUGAUCAGAUAAAACUCUUACAAUAG